AGUUCUAUGAAGGAUUAAAACCCAAGGUUAUACUACGGUAGAAAAGAGAAGAAAAUGGUUAGGGUCAUGUUACAGUUGAAGAAAAUUGAGAACAAAGCAUACAAACACAUAAGCUUUGCCAAAAGGAGAAGUGGCCUUGUCAAGAAAGCCUAUCAACUUUCAACUCUAUGUGAUGUGGAGGUUGCUCUAAUCAUUUGUUCCCCAGCCAAAAAUCUCACUCUUUUUGAGGGAAAGAAAAGGGUAGAAGAGGUUCUGUCACAUUUUAUCCAAAUCCCAACAAAGAAGCACUAAUGGUAUGUGAAUUUUGAUAAAGUGGAUUAUGUUAAUUGGAAAUUUAGCUAUAUAUAUGAUUUUUUAAAUGAAAUUGAAAACUGGAAUGGUAGGACAAUGUCGUGAUCCAUGGGGUGUUUUUUUGGUACAUAUCUAUGGUGUUAAGAAUGAGCUAUAUAUGAAAUGAAAUUGUAAAAGAGAAUUUUAUGAGAGAUCAGAGAGUAUGGAGAAAUCUUGGAAUUUUUACACUAAUACAAUUCUCUAUGUGUUUUUCCAUAUACCAACUUUUAAUCUGUCCACCUGUCAUCCAAUUGGAAAGCCUACCAAAUCAAGAGUUAAGGCAGAUCAUUUCUCAGCUGAACCUGGAAGCUAGUGUCUACCAUCAUAACACAACUUCCUCAUGUAGUUGUGGUAGAACCAUUGGAAUUGUGAGUGUUGAUUCUGAAUUUGAGGAUGUGGAGAGGGAACUAUAGUAUGGACUUAUAUAUACUUCCAUAUCAGAAUAAUAAGUUUUCCUGAUAUUACAAUCUUAAACUUGUCCUAAUGUAAAUAUCCUUUUGAAGGGAUCUGACAAGAAAGGGAGGGUUUGCUGCUUAGGGAAGGUCCCAACUUUUAUGUGGUUAUCUCUGCAACUAAAAGGACCAAGUGAAGUUGGUAACACAGGCAAAAGCACUUCAAUUGUUUCUGCACUUGGGUUUUCUAAAAGGUUUUAAAUCUCUUUCACAUGCCUUUGUUGUCUUCGUGAUGCUAUUACAAAAUUAUGACAUGUUCUUCUAUUGUAAGUCCUACUUAGUUGCUUAUGUACUUUGGUGUGCUAAAUUAAUCUUCCUUAUGUUAGCCUAUUCCCCGUUGAGAUAAAUACCUUUCAUCUUU